GAUAGAGAGAGAGAGAGAGCAUUGUGCAGGUGAAGAUUAUAAAUACUGCACUGUUAUGCAUAUUAUUCCUGAGCCAACACACACACACAUGUAUGACACACACAUCACAAAGGAUCAGUGUGUUAUCACUUGGAGCAUAACGCACAUGCUUACAGGAUUAGCCUCAAAGCUACAAAAGCCCACUCGUGUAAUUCUGCGUGCUAACAGUCAUCUUCCCUCUGGUCAAAAAGAUGUGUGUGGAACAUGAAAGCUGAAAGAAAACAUCAGCGUCAAUAAAUCCUUAUAUGGGAAUGAUAGCGGCUUCUUAUGCACUGUACAUGGAAAUAAGGGCGUGCCUUUGAAUCCAUAUAUGGAAGUCUUAGGAAGUAGGGAGAUGUUAGCGGUGGCCACGUUGAGGAUGUUUAACGAAAAAACUAAUAAACAAACAAACAAAAAUGCUGAGCCUCAUUGAACCAGAGCAGUCAGGUGUAUAAAAUUUACAAGUAGUCACGCGCCAUCAGUUUAUCACGUUAAAACAGCUGUAAACACUCGUUCCAUCUCCAUUCUCUCUUUUAGAUUUCCUGCUUUGUCCUGAAAAACUGGAGACUCCUUAAAGCUCCUAAACACCCCAUAAACAUUUAUUCUCCUUAAAGAAAACUUUAUGCGCUGCGCACGUCCAUGUGAACGAUUUGUUACCUGCACUACUGUCAGAGCUGCUGUAACACAGCAUUCAUCAACACCUUUAACACCGAGGUCGUGUAGUUUAUAAAAUAUAAAGACUAUAUCCUAGGCAGGGGGCGCAGUGGCGCAGUGGCGAGUGCUUUCACCUCGCACCAUCCGGGUUCGAUUCCCGCCUCGGGGUCUGUGUGUACAUGGAGUUUGCAUGUUCUCAUUAUGCUUGGUGGGUUUCCUCCAGGUACACUGUUUCCCUCCCACAAUCCAAAGCCUUGCAGAUUAGGCUAACUGGUGUCCUCAAAUUGCCUGUAGUGUGUGAAAGAGUGUGUGUGCCCUGAGAUGUCUCCUGGGAGAGGCUCCAGGCCCACUGCGACCCUGCAUACACGAUAAAGUGUUACUGAUGAGUGAGUGAAUAUUACACGCAGACUUGGCAUUGGUAAAAGUGUGCAUUUUUUGGCCACAGACUGUAUGCAGUACCUUUACACGCCACUAGGGGCUCUGAUGGGAACCUGAGCAGGGCUGCAGCAGUGUUCUAGUGUUCCUAACUGGGUUCUGUCAUGUUCCUGGAAGACAAACAUAGAAUUUGUUGCAAUGCAUGCUCGGCCUUUGCUGCAGACGGACAGGCUAGUGCGUGUGUGUGUGUGUGUGUGUGUGUGAACUCAGAGAGAGAGUGUGAAAGCCUGGCCUUGUCCUCCCCCCACUUAAACCCACCCUCUGCUUUCUUUUAAAAAGGAAUAAAAGGGAAAAUUCCUUUGAGAAGGUGCUGAAUGCAUGAGGGGCAUUCUCUCUCUCUCUCUCUCUCUCUCUCUCUCUCUUUUCAGUAUUGUUUAAAACCCUGGAGGAGGGUGUUGAGGAGGGAGUGGGUGGGGUCUCGGUGGCAGCAAGCAUCUCUUUGGCUUUACUCCCUCCCUCCCUCUCUCCCUCCCCCAUUCUAUCCAUCCCUCUCUCUCUCUCUCUCUCUCCCCCACCUCCUCCUUUCGUCCGAGAGCGAUGAGGUAAUCCCUGCCAGCUCUCUGAAGCAUAGAGUGAGAGGCAGAAAGAGAGAGCAGUAGCAGCCGUUUGCCGGCUCUGUGCUCACACACUCUCGUAGCUAUCCUGAGUGUGUGCAUAUGUGUGUGUGUAUGCAUGCGUGUGUGUGUGUGAGUGUGUGUAAGAGGGGCAUGACCCGGACCUUCUAGUGGUGCCUGAGACGGAAAAAACAGGAGUGGAUAGAGGGAGACAGGAGGAGGAAGCAAAGAGGAAGCAUGACGGAGAGAUGCAGUCUGUGGAGCGCCCUGUCUGCGGCCGCCUGCUGCUUCUACAGGGGAUCCUUCAUGCAGUUCUCCAAGGAGAAGUACCUGUUGGAGUCUCCACCUGAGAAGCUGAGGAAGGAACUGGAGGAGGAACUCAAACUCAGCAGCAGUGAUCUGAGAAGCCACGGCUGGUACCAUGGCCGUAUCCCGCAAGAGGUGUCAGAGACGCUGGUUCUGCGCAGCGGGGAUUUCCUGGUGCGAGACUCCCUGGCCAACGCGGGUGAUUACGUGAUCACGUGUCGCUGGCAGCAGGAAGUGGUGCACGGCCGCAUCAGUAAGGUCCUGGUGAAGAGCGGACAGACCAAGGUUCAGUUCCUCCUGGAGGACGAGACCUUCGACUCGCUGCCCACUCUGAUCCGGCACCACGCUGGCACCGGCCGGCCCGUGUGCCACCGCUCUGGCGCUCAGCUGCUGUGCCCCGUCAACCGCACCCUGCCCCUCAGGUACCUGGAGGCCACGUUUGCCCUGGCGAGCGGGAGAUCGGGGUCACAUUCACCGUCCACACAGCGCGGGGCGCACAUCAAGAGACGCAGCGUCACCAUGACGGACGGCCUGACCACUGAGAAGAUCAUCCCACACAGUCCGUCCACAGUUCACCAUAAAGACGCCAUGAGGAACUGUGCGCUCAGUAUGGACCAGAUCCAGGAGAUGCGCUGUCCCCUGUCUCCUGUAGGAGAAGCUCCUCUCUCACCUGCCUACACCGCCAUUUCCCGUCACAGGCAUGGCUCAGGAGGGCGUGUCUUAGCGGUCAUUCCACCCUCACCUGUGAUGCGACGCUCCAGCGAGCCCCACCUCUCCCCUUCCUCCUCCAGUCACAACGUCCCAUGCUCGGAAACUCCCCUCAACGCUCAUGGAUACCCCUCAGAUGGCUCAGAAGGAGGGGGCAGUUACUGCGAGCUGAGGCCAGGCCAGCCCCCAACACCUCCGUCUAAGAGCUACGUGGAGAGGCUCAGGGUAGAGGAGGGACGAGCGCCAGGCUCCGCCCCCACCGAAGGAGCAGAGACCUUCUCCCUGCCUCUGGUGGAGAGCAGUUCGUGCUUUAGACCCGGACAGUACCAAUCGGUCCUGCUUCCUGCAGAGAAUAAACCCCUGGAGAUGGGCGUCCUGAAAAGGGUGAAGGAACUGCUGGCUGAAGUCGACCCAAAAACUGCGGCCAAGCACAUCACCAAGGCCGACUGCACGGUUGCUAGGAUACUGGGCGUUACCAAGGAGAUGCAAAGGAUGAUGGGAGUGAGUUCAGGCCUGGAGUUGCUGACUUUACCACAUGGCCAUCAGUUGAGACUGGACCUGCUCGAGAGGUUCUACACCAUGUCUAUAAUGAUGGCGGUGGACCUGCUGGGCUGUACGGGCACCACGGAUGAGCGAGCCACACUGCUCUAUAAGACCAUCCAGCUGGCAGCCGAGCUCAAGAGCACCAUGGGAAAUAUGUUCGGAUUCGCCGCCAUCAUGAGAGCUCUCGAACUCCCGCAGAUCUCACGCUUGGACCAGACGUGGAUGACGCUGAGACAGAGACACACAGAGGGAGCCAUCUUGUACGAGAAGAAGCUCAAACCCUUCAUGAAGGGAUUAAAUGAAGGCAAAGAGAGCUCUCCGCUGUCGAGUACGUCGUUUCCACACGUGGUGCCCGUAUUGUGUCUAUUGGAAAAGGGUGUGGCCGUGGGGGAGGGGCCAGACCCGUGGGAUGCUUCAGAAUGUGGAGUGGACGUGGUCAUGAGCCACCUAGAGGCAGCACGCAGCAUUGCACACCACGGAGGCCUGUACUGUACCAACGCUGAGAGCAAACUACACGACUUCCAGGAGAGACAGGAAGUGUCUGAGAUCUUCUGCACGGAGUUCCAGAUGAGGCUGCUCUGGGGCAGCCGAGGGUCCGAGGGAAGCCAGAGCGAACGUUACGAGAAGUUUGACAAAGUCCUCACGGCUCUUUCGCACAAGCUGGAGCCUCCUGUACGCCACAGCGAGCUAUAGCACCCCCCUCUCCCCCGUCUGGUACUCUGGUACUGUCUCGGUGUGUUUCGCACCUCUGGGAGAGACCGGUAUAAACAUGGGGAACGGCAAAAGAGGGAAUGGGGCUAAAUCUGUGAACGAGACGCAAAAGGGGGCGGGGUUUAUCCAGGUGCCUCAAACUGUACGUCUUCGAACUACGGCAGGGGUGGAGUUUAAAAUCCUGACACCAAAAUCUAUUUUUCUGACUCGGGGGAUGAGAGACAUUGGUGUGAUCUCAGUCUGCAUGAUCAUCACGUUGUCGUCCCGGGACUCUCAGCGAGACGUCACACUCGGUCAGCGAUCUUCUAAUGUCUUGAUGUAUGUUGCCAAAUCUGAACAACCACUUUCUUUACAAAACAAAUCUCAUUUUUAUACAUUUUAUUAUUGUGUUUCUUUUGAUUUCUGCCUACAAGGAGCAAUAUGUGGCGGCUGACACACACUCAGUGCGCAGUGCUGUGGAGAGCUCAGCCUUAUCUUUGGGGGAGUGUGUAGAGUUGAUGGUUCCUGUAGGUGAUCUCUUGAUGAUCUCACCGUGGUUCCUGUUAAAGGUUCAUCGACCAAUUCAGUCUGGUCCUUGACGUUGAUUCUGAAAGAUCUCGUUCUAAAGAUCUCAACCUGGUUCUAGUUAAAAUGUUGAGCAUUUCUGAUGAAGAGCUGGUUGGAUAAUUGCAGCCUUUAUCCUGCUGCGUUCUGUUGCAGAUCUCAAUCGCAGCAAGUUCUUGGAAAUGUUUCUGAGUGGUUCCUGUUGAAGAUCUCACCCUGAUUAAAAAACUCAACCUAGGUCCUCUAACAUAUGUCACCCUGGUUUCUGUAGAAGAUCUUAUGCAAGUUCAAGCUAAAAUUCUCACCACUGAUGCUUUUGAAAAAAAAAAAAGAUCUCACCCUGGUUCCUGUUGACAGUUCAUUGAAGAUCUGUUGAAGAUCUUACUCUCGCUCUUGCUCUGGUUCCUGUUAUAGAUGGGGGAACAUCUUACCUUGGUUCCUGUUAAAGCUCUUCUGCAGUUUUUUGUAAAGGAUCUCGCUCUGGAGCUCGUUAGAUGCUCCAGUCUGAAGAUCUCCUGUGUGGACUGAAGCACUGAGGUGGACGUCCUGCAUGUUGCUCCUUUACUCCUGUCACGUCUUUACUGAGUGCGAAGGCUGGAGAGAAACUGUGAAGGGUGUGAAAUUAUUGUGUGUUUGAGAAUGUUUUUAUUUUCUACACUUUGCAGAAUGUGUGUGAGUGUGUGAGUGUGUGUGUGUGUGUGUGUAGGAUGUCUUCAGGAAUAACUGGAGUGUGUGAAUUUCCUCUGUGCUAUAUUUUGGACAUUAUAAUAAUUUAAUUUAAUCAUUUUUCUGUUCAUCGAUCCUGUCUCAGCGCAUGCUCCACGCUGAGCCCUGAAAUAAAACAUAAAGCAAAAAAGUGACAUUUCUUAAAAACAAUAACAGCUUUUUUUAUUUUUUAUUACUAUUUGUUUGUGUGGUUCAGAGAGCGGUGAGAGAAAUAAGUUGUGCUCGCUCUCCUUCUUUUUAUUUAUUCGCUCCAAAAGCCAGCGCUCGUCCCACUGUUCAGGAUAAACCCGACUCGGAGUGAUAUACCUCUUACAGUCUUUCUCUUUCCUGAUAUUAUUAGAGUUCACAUGUAUCCUUAUUUCUCCACCUGAUAAUAAAUACCAAUGCGUUUAAUUCUUUAUUUCCUGGUUUCUUCAUUUCGCAGUAUCUCUGAGAUCAGCAAUCUUAACCUCUAUAACUUUAUUUCCAUGGGAUUUAAAGGACAUUAUAGAGCCUCAAUUUCAGGUCACUGUUUUUAGAAAAACCUUAAAAAGAUGAAGGAAUGGAGUAGCACUGUAUGCAAUACCAGGGCGUGCCACAAGAGGGCUCUGUACAGCAAGCAAAAAAAGAGGAACAAGAGAGAGAAAAGAGGCAUGACUAUUGCACCAAUUUGGAUUAAAAAUAAGUUUUUUUAAAAAUACAUCUUUCCUAUUUCACUCCAUCCUGCUUCAGAGUGUAAAUUCUUUUACUUAUUGAUUUUUAAAUGAUGAUAUUUUACAUAUGCAACUCAAUAAUACAAAUGUCAAUCAUUUAUAAACCACACAUUAAUAUUUGGUUUAAUGAAAUAAAAUGAAAGUCGUACACAUACACACACAUUUUAAAUGAGACCCGGUCUGUGUCCAGUCCACCUUGGUGCAGACGCGUGCUGAGAGCCAGGUCGUCUUCCGUCUGCCUGAGUGUUUCCUCUGCAGGUCUGACUGAUGAGACGAGGUUUAUUUCAUGGUGUAAAUAAAAGUUCAUGAUAAACUUCAUGUUUAAAGAUGACUUUGGUUGCAUCUGCUUUCUUAUGUGCUGUACAUAUGAGUAUGUCAGAAGUUUUUCAAUCUUUUUUUCCAGAAAAUAAAAUAAACUACGCUUGUGUCCAUGGCU